ACCCAACCGGCCCAAACUCUUUUUUAUGUUUACCCAAUAAUCAUUAAAGCAAGAAGUGGGAAGACGCAACACAGUAUCGGCUAUUCACCUUCUUCUCUCGAUCGGCAACCCCCUGUGGUUUAUCUCUGCCAAUUUUUGUAAUCACUCUGUCAAUCAUCCUCCGGUGGUGUACCCUCAAUUAACAUGGUGAGAAGACACAGACACAGUAGCGGAAUUCCUGAUCCUAUAUCAUCAUCUUCACUUGGGUCUAUAGGAACUACCACUACAACGGAAGAGUCUUCACAAAAUCGGAAAAGAAAAUGGGCUUCACCAAUUUGGGAUGAGUAUAAUGUGUUUGAUGGAGAUCAAUUUCCAGAUGCUCAAGAUAGAGCUAUUUGCAAAUACUGUAAGGGAGGACCAAUUUUUGCGAAUUCUAAGAAUGGUACUACUAAUUUUAAACGCCAUACAGAAAAUUGCCAUGCCCGUGUUGCUAAUGAUGUUGGUCAAUUACUAUUAAACAAGAAGGCUAACUUGGAUAAAAAAUUAGACCAAGGCACAUACAAAGAGUUGGUUGCACUAAGCAUUAAAAGACAUGAUUAUAGCUUUAGUUUUGCAGAACAUCAAGGGAAUAGGGGCUAUUCAUGUUUAUUUGAAUGAAGACAAUUUUAGAUCCUCGAUAUAAACUUCAAUUUGUGAGAUUUUGUUUUACAACCUUAGAUCCUACGACUGUAGAAGUGAAGGUGAAAGAUGUGAAGGACAAACUUUACAAACUAUUUGGUGAGUAUUCAACAGUUGAUCCUACAGCCAAUGUGAAUUCAAAUUUAAGGAAUACCUCAGCAGAUUUAGAGGUUUUUUUAGCAUUUGAUGGAGUGACAACUUCUAGGUUUAAAUCCCAAUUGGAUGUGUAUUUGGAAGAACUCAAGGUGGAUCCUAAUGAAAAUUUAGAUGUUCU